AUGAAGGGUAUACUGGUGUUACACCUCAUUUGCACGCUUCAAACUUGUAGCACCGCAUGGUACGACUUUAUAAAGUGCUGUUAUCGUGUGGACAAAUGUGAAGAUUCAAACAUUAAGGAAUCUGAAAGUUUUGUAAAGGAGACCAGAACGAGCAUAUACAACCCAAUUUCUCUAGACAUCUCUUGCGCAAACAGCGAAGAGUUAGAGAUAUACGAAUGUAGUUAUAAUUAUGUCACGUAUGGGAUAUACCGUACGCGGUUUUAUAAUACAAUCGCUGAAGUGAAGGAUGGUAAUAAGUCCCUCUGGAAAGCGUCAGAUGACGAAAUUUGCAUGCAUGCCUGGACAUAUUCUACAUAUGAUAGAGUUUUAUGCAGAAUAGGUAUAAUGUCCAAUGAUUCCAUUAUUCCAGGAUGCUUUGAAAGAAUAAACAAUAACUGGAAGACAAUAGCAUACUGGUCGUAUUUCAGAAAGUUGGGGGAUAUGAUAAACUCACAAAAUAGAGGUGUUAGGAUAGACUGCGUUCAUAGUUCAAAUGAUCUAGUCCACUCUGUGGACUUUGUCACCAAUGGAUUCAUUGCCAAACACUUAUUUCCACACCCUCAGUACAAAGUCAGGAGUGUCUAUUCUAACAAAGUUUACGUAUGGGAAUCGGAAGAAGAAACUGAAAGAUGCAUAGAAAUGCGCCUUUACACCAAUAUGAAUGUACAGUUCUGCUCGAUAUAUGUUGAAAGGCGCGGUUCUAAUGCGAAUAUUCACUUUGAGAAAGUUGGAGACGAAUGGAAGAGUAUAGACUAUCAAAGGUUGAAAUCCACUGUUGGUAAAGGUAACUAA